GGUUUUACUUCUCGCUGCGACAUUAGUUGUCCCAUAUGCGAUCAUAAGCCUUUCAACAGCGAUGUGUGCAAGCCUAACAAGGCCAUGCGAACGACGGUCAAAUCUUACCUUAAGACGAUAGAGAAGGCAAAAGCAGAGGCGAAGGUCGCAGAACUGAACUCAGCAGACAAUAACGUGCAGUCUGAGCAGACAAACACUGCCACAAACGGGCAUGCAGAGGUGAAUGGGUCUGUGGUCAUGGUGGCAGACGCGAUAUCUGCAGGUACAGGGGAACGCGAGACCACUCCCGCGAAUGAUGUUCAACCCUCUAUAGAAGAUCCUGAGCCAGACUCCUGCGAACCAGACGACGAUCAUGUCGAGAUUCAAGUUGAGCCCGACGAGGACCAGGACGACAUCCCUUCGCAAAAAAAAAUCAUCAUCGAAGAUCCCGCCGAGGAUCAAUACAACGCUGAUCUGGAGAAAAUAAACAACAACAAAGGUACCUUCUCCAACAGUCAAGACCAAGCCACUACCAACGGUAUGGACCCAAACGAUUUCUCCAAUAUGAUGAAUGGUUUCAACAACAUGGACUACAACCAGAUGAUGCAGAUGAUGGCAAAUGGCAUGGGCAAUUUCAAUCCAAUGAUGGCAGGAAUGCCCAUGGGAAUGAAUUCAAUGUCACCAGGCAUGUUUGGUGGAUUUGGCAGCCCCAAUGGAGGCAUGAAUAAUAUGAAUGGCAUGGAUAUGGGAAUGAACUUUAAUUCCAACCAAGGGAUGUAUUCUGGCUGGAAUAACGGCCAAAACAACAAUAUGUGGCAGAAUAAUAAUGCAAAUGCAUUCUCGAAUGGCAUGGGUGGUGACUUCGGUUCCAACUAUGGUUUCAGUAUGGCACAGUCUGGCAAUUUCCAGCAGCAAUACCCCAAUGGUGAUUUCCAAAAUGGCUAUUCUGGCCGUGGCUAUGGCCGCGGUCGUGGUCGCGGUCGCGGUGGCUACGGUAGAGGCCGUGGUAAUUUCAACCAGUACUCGCAAUUUCAGCAGCAGCAGCAGCCAUCUUCUAGUGGACCCAAUCAAUACGACAACCAAGCGAUGCGUUCCCAAAACACAGAUGAUUAUAAGAAUGGCACCUCUGCCAACGAACCAUCAAACACCAACAUCGACCACUAUGACCACGAGCACGACGAAUUUGCUCCCGGUGGGCAAGACGACAUACAGGAAGCCUUAGGUGAAGACUACCAAAAAUCCACUAGUGCUGAUAAUGAUAAGAAGGCCUCAGAUCCCCUUCCAGUCACAGGUGAAGAGACUCACCAGGAGAUAGGCUCUCAAAACAAACCAAAUGCCGAAGCAGAAUUUUGCGCCAAUGGUUCUAUCAAGAAUGUCGGCGAUGCUCCAAUCCCAAUACCAUCGGUAGCUACAGAUGACCCAACGCCAGCGUCUGAUCAGCCGAAGCCCAUACCCGCAGCAUACGAGGAAGACCUCCAAGGCCCCAUGCCACCACCGUCUGCGCCACUAGGGCCUGCAGCUCAGUAUGACUAUGGCUAUCGCGGUCGCGGACAUGGUAGAUUUGCUCAACGUGGUCGUGGUUCGAUCUCUAUGCAAAAUGGUCAUUCUGCUCCCCAAGUAAAGCCCAACUCUCAAAUGCCCCUGGCUGCCCCUGGCGUUGUAGGAGCUCCUACGGGCCCAAGAGCUAUGCGUGAGCCACCCGCACCUUCAAGACCAGUUUCCCGCCCUGCAAGUGUAAGUUCGGGUUUUCAUUUCAUUGGCCGGGCUUCGAUGGGCUCUCCCAAAAGACCAGAGUCCCAUGGCCUUGAGACAUCUGCGGUCAAGACACCCACUUCAAGUGAGCAUGAUGACUAUAAAGCAAAGGAUGAUUCGAAGACAUAUCCUCGACAGGAAAACUACGCAAGUUCAAAAUAUGAUGUCGACGAACAAGAUGGCAAUGAGCGAGAGAAGGAGAAGGACAGACCAUAUAGACGAUCGUCUAAACGAUCGUCCUAUGAUGAUUACGACCGAGACGAACGACAACCUUCAAUUGAUGCUUCAGAUUCUGCCGAUAGAAAGGCCUUGAGGAGAGGUCGUGGUGACAAACCGAGGGCAACAUCAUCCAAACUCCAACUCUCUCGCUCACGGGCAUACCAUGAAGACGCCAAUGGUGACCAUGAAAUGGAAGACCACGAGGAAUCCAGUCGAUCCCACCGUGAUGGACGCGAUGGACGCGAUGGCGGUGAUAACAGGAGCAGGCACCGAACCGGUCGCUCUUCCAAAUAUGACGACCGUGAUCGAGAACGAGAUCGUGAGAGGGAAAAACCCAGAGAUCGAGAUCGAGACCGAGACCGAGACCGAGAGAGAGACCGAGACAAAGAAGAUCGAUAUCGCGAAAAAGAACGCGACCGAGAUCGAGAUCGCAAACGAUCGCGGCACGAUCGACAUCGAGAAGACGACAAGGACUAUGACAAGGACUAUGACUACGAGCACCAUGAUGAUGACCAGGAAUCUCGGCAUCGGUCACGAAGGCAUAAACGGGACCAUCAUCGCCAACAAGAGAAUGAAGAGUAUUCCAGUACAGCUGUUGCGACUACUAGCCGCUCACAUCGAUCCAGCGCCACAGGCACCCCGACUCCCAUUGCCUCUGCUGCCGUUGUAGCAAUGGAUAAGGACCCGCAUACAUUAGAACGUGAAGCAAGGAACCGCGAGCGCAUGCUCAAGGAGCAGCAGCGGAGAGAGAAGGCUGCCGCAAAAUCCGUUUCCGCUGGUGGUGGUGGUGGUGGCGGCGGCGGCGGCGGUGGCGGUGGUGGGGAGCAUCACUCCUCGCGAGGAAGCCGGCGUGUCACAUACAAAUACGAAGACGACAUCGAGCGCAGUCUGGCGGAGAGUGAGCGAUCGAGUUCUAGGUGGAGGUGA